AUGAGGAGCAGCAAUGACGGUAAUUCAAACUUGGAUUCGAGAUUCAGCCAAACCCUCAAGAACGUUCAAGGGAUGCUCAAAGGGCGUAGUAUUCCUGGUAAAGUAUUGCUAACCAGGAGGUCGCCAGCAGAGGAGGCAAGUUUACAAGAACAUUCUCCUACUUUUCAAAGAAGCUUUUCUGAAAAUGAUGCUGGUACAAGUAAUCGGAGUGACACAUCAAAGGAGGAUGAUGUGUGGACUGCAAAGAAGCCAAAUAGUAGUUCCAUUGCGAAUAAACUAAAACCUAGUACCCCCAGUAUCGAAGUUUCAUCUGGAGAAGUUCAGAAGUCCAGUGUGGGUGCUAGAGCUACGGAUUCUGCAAGAGUUAUGAAGUUCACUAAAGAAUUAUCAGGAGCAACUGUAAUGUUAGAUAAACUUUGUGAGUUGGCUUGGAGUGGUGUACCUCCAUAUAAGCGCCCAGAGGUUUGGAGGCUUCUCUUGGGAUAUGCACCAUCUAAUUCAGAUAGGAGGGAGGUAGUCCUGAGAAGGAAACGGCUGGAGUAUUUUGAAUGUGUAGCUCAAUUUUAUGACAUCCCUGAUUCUGAACGUUCAGAUGAUGAAGUCAACAUGCUUCGCCAGAUUUCUGUUGACUGCCCAAGAACUGUGCCUGAUGUUACAUUCUUUCAGCAGCCACAAGUUCAGAAGUCCUUGGAGCGCAUUCUUUAUACAUGGGCCAUUCGCCAUCCAGCAAGUGGAUAUGUUCAGGGUAUAAAUGAUCUUGCCACACCAUUUCUGAUUGUUUUCUUGUCCGAACACUUAGAGGGAGAUAUAGAUAGUUGGUCCAUUAGCGAUCUCCCUCUAGAGAAGAUCUUCGAUGUGGAAGCUGAUUGUUACUGGUGUCUGUCAAAGUUACUGGAUGGCAUGCAAGAUCAUUACACAUUUGCUCAACCGGGGAUACAGAGGCUCGUGUUUAGGCUAAAAGAGCUGGUUAGGCGCAUUGAUGAACCCAUUUCAGUACACAUGGAGGAGCAAGGGCUUGAAUUUCUUCAAUUUGCAUUUCGGUGGUUCAAUUGUCUAUUAAUUCGGGAGAUCCCUUUCAAUCUGGUUACCCGACUGUGGGACACGUACCUUGCUGAAGGAGAUGCAUUGCCCGAUUUCCUUAUCUACAUAUUCGCUAGCUUUCUUCUGACGUGGUCGGACAAGCUUCAGAAGCUCGAUUUCCAGGAGCUGGUAAUGUUCCUCCAGCACCUGCCGACUAAUAACUGGACGGACCAGGAGCUCGAGAUGGUCCUCUCCCGAGCGUACAUGUGGCAUAGCAUGUUCAACAACUCUCCCAGCCACUUGGCCAGCUAG